CAAUUUCAUCCGAUCAUCAUCCUCAUCAUUUUUUUUAUUUGUGCCUCAUUUUUUGAUAUUUUUUUAGUUUUUUCUUUUCAAUUUUUUUGCUCACUCCAAAACACCACAUAUCUCUGAUUUACACCAUUUCUUUCUUUCGGUUUUUGCCAUUAAUUUCAAUUUAAUUUAAAAAAAUCCCGGUUACUGCCAUGACUACCGGUGAUACAGCAGCAUUGAUAGCUGAUCACUCAAGUAGUCAUCAUAAUCAUCAUAAUAAUUUGAAUCAACAUGAUCAACAACAAUCGAUUGAUCAUGAUGAUGAUAUUCAAUCAUCAACGAUUCAUUCUUCACCAUCAUCGAUGGCCAUGGAAAUAUUACCACCACCAUCAUUUCAACAACAACAACAAUCCGAAUUGACAAUCGACAUAACAAAAAAACUUCGUCUACUUAGUCCAGUUGGUGCCGAAGCUGCUGAAUAUGAUUGGCCAUUAGUUGUAUCGAAUAAAUUUAAUGCUGCAAUUGAAAUUAUUGAAACGAUACGUUUAGUUGCGGAAGAAUUUCCACCAUUAGAAACAGCAUUGAAAAAUAUAUUGGCCGAUUAUGAUACAUCUAGUUAUGAAAAAAUGAAAUGUUUUUGUGAUCGUUAUAAUAAAGUGAUCAAGGGAUCAGUGCAAAUGUGGAAAGGAACAUCGAUUCCUGAACCAGAAAAACGUCCAACGCUAGAAUUAUUAUCACAUAUAAUACAAAUGUGCUAUAAUCAUAGUGUUGGUGAUCCACAAAAAUUAAAUAAAUUUUAUGAACCAUUUUCACCCGAAGUUUAUGGCGAAACAUCAUUUCAAUUUGUUCAACAAAUGAUUGAUGAAAUUGGCCUGGGAAAAGAUGAUAUAUUUAUUGAUCUUGGCAGUGGUAUUGGACAAGUUGUAUUACAUGUUGCCGCUGCUGUUAAUUGUGUUCGUUGUAUUGGUAUUGAAAAAGCUGAUUUACCGGCUAGUUAUGCUGAGCAAAUGAAAAGACAAUUUCGAUUCUGGCUCAAAUGGUAUGGCCGUAAAUGUUCGAAUUUUGAAUUAUUUCGUGGUGAUUUUUUUGGCGAAGAAUUUAAAGAAAUGAUUUAUAAUGCCAAUUUCAUUUUUGUCAAUAAUUUUGCAUUUGGACCUGAAGUUGAUCAUCGUUUAAAGGGUUAUUUUCAAAAUUUAUUGGAUGGAUCGAAAAUUCUAUCAUCAAAAGCAUUUUGUUCAUUAAAUUUUCGCUUUUCACAAAGAAAUCUAUCGGAUAUUGGUGCAAUGAUGACUGUAAAAGAAAUCUUACCACGUGAUCAAUCAGUAUCAUGGACUGGUCGUCCAGUAUCAUAUUAUCUACAUACAAUUGAUCGUAAACAAUUAGCAAUUUAUUUUGAAAAAUCCAAAAAUCAUCGGUUAAAGAGCAACAACAAUGGCCAUAGCAGUAGUAGCACUAGCAAUAGCAGUCAAAGUAGCCAUAAUCGAAAAUUAUCAAAUCGAAAUCGUCAACAUCAACAUCAUCAUCAUCAUCAUCAACAACAAAAACAACAACCAUUGACAACAAUCACAGCAUCUAAUCAUCAUUCAAAUAUUAUUGUCAAUAAUAAUCAUCAUCAACAACAAAUUAAUAACAGUAACGGUUUAAAUAUUGAUGAUAACGAAUCGGAUUUAUAUCAAUCAAAUAGCAAUUUGAUUGAAAAAGAUGAAAAUAUGAUACCAAAUAAAUGGACAAGAAAAGCAUGGUCAGAAUAUAUAUCAUCAUCAACAAAUAGUAAUAAUAAUAAUCAUUCUGGCCAAAAUCAAAAUAGUAUUUUAGUGACAACAAAUGCAUCAUCCUCAUCGACUGUUAAUCAAACAACAACAGAAAUCGAUGAUGAUCAAUUAUCACCAUCACCAACAAAAUUAUCAACAACAACAAUAGUAUCAUCUCAAAAAAAUAAACGUAAUCGUGGUCGUCCUAGAAAAAUAAACAACAUUUCCAAUAACGAUAAUAAUAAUGUCGAUGACAUUGAUGAUAAUGGAAACUAUUUUUCCGGUAAUAAUGGAAUUGGCGGUGAAACUAGUCAAUAUGAUUUAAGUGGCAAUAAUAGUAAUAAUAAUUUGGAGCAAGAUGAUGAUGUUGAAAAUAAUAGAAUUACGAAUAUAGCACAGGAGGAAAAUGAAUCGGCGGUUGGUGAUAAUGAUGAGGAUGAGGAUCAUCAAUGUAAUAAUAAUCGUCGUGGACGUCCAAAGAAAACAUCAUCAUCAUCGGCACGUAAAAAAACUACUAGCCAUAAAACUAAACGAAAAUCAACAAUUUUUUCAACUGGACGUUCGAAAAAAUCAUUCAAAGGCAUAUCGAUGAAUAGUUUGGCUGUUUUGCAUGAACAAACUGUUCGAAGUACAACACAAGCCAUUAAUAAUGCCAAUUUAUCGACAAAUGGCCAUAUCCACCAUCAUCAUCCGCAUCUUCAUUAUCAUCAUCAUAAUAAUAAUAAUCAUCAUUAUCGACGUUAUCGUUCACCACCACCACCUGGAUGUGUUGAACAACGUCUUUGUUCAAGAUUGGGUGAACAAACUGUACAGGUGCCAAAUAUAACUGUUAUCAAUACGGAAUUGAUUGCAGCCGCUGCAGCUAAUGCUAGUUGUGAUUUAUCAUCACCGAUGACAGCUUUUCGACAGCAGAUGACACCACCACCACCAUCCGAAAAAGAUAAAGAUACUUCCGUCGCUGUUGAUGCUGAUGAUGGUUUGGAUAGUAAAACAAUAGAAAAAGAAAUAUCCGAAUCAAAACAGAUUAAAGAAUUUAAUGGAAUUCAUCUAUGUCGACCAUUGAAUCUAAAUGAAUUAUUAUAUCUAUAUGCUAAACAGAUUCAAAAUUUUAAUAUUUAUAUGAGUAAACCAGAAUAUUUGGAUAAUAUUCGACAAUCCAUUACUAAUUAUGAGAAUGAAAACGAUAAUGCCAAUUAUCAGAUAAAUCAGAUGAAUAAAAAAAUUUAUGAAGAUAAAUUCAACUUGAAACGUUAUCUUAAAGAUCUCAAUAUUGAAUCUAAUCAGGAUUUGGUUACAAGAAUUGAUGAAGUUACCGAUAGUGUAGCACAAUUAAAGCAACAAAUUUCCGAACUUAAAUGUUUAGUACGAACACGUGAAGAUGAAUUGAAUGAUCUAUGUGAUCAAGCUGAACAAAUUCAACGUCAGCGUCGUCAACGUGAACAACGACGACGUCGUGAACAGCGACAAUGUUUGAAUGAAAUGUUUGAACGUGAACAACAAUUACAACGACAAAUUGCCGAUCAACAAUGUCAAUUGGAAAAACAACAGCAACAAAUUCUUCAACAACAAAAGAAUCAAGAAACAACUCUAACAACAGAAUCGGCUACUGAUCAAGUAGAAUCACCAAAAAUAAGCUAUAAAGAAAUGAAAUAUAAAAAAUAUUUAAAACGUACCGCACGAACAACAACACCACCACCGCCACCCGUGUCCACAUCUAUUCCUUCUUCCACCACAACAUCCAUGGCUCCAAUGAUGGUCGCAUCCGAAUCGGUACCGAUGACACCACCAACACCGAUACCAACACCACCAUCAAAUAGUAGUAAUGAUGGUGGUGGUAGUAAUCAUUUGGAAUCAUCAAAAUCAUCCGAAGCAAUGAAAAUAGAUGUUAAUCGUAUCAAUUCGGUUAUUAUGAAAGGCUUCAAUGAAGAAAAAGCUCAAUCUGGUGGUGAACAGCAAACCAAAUCUACAAAUCAGCAACAAUUGAAACGACAAUCAUCAUUGUCGGCCAAUAAUUCAACAAAUACCAAUAUUAACGAUAAUUCAAAACAAACAAGUAAACGUACUAGAAAUAGUAAAAAAGAAACCCGAAUUGAAACAUUAAAAACAAAAAAAGGUGAUCAUCGUGAUAUAAUUAUGACAGCCGGAUGUUUAACAACUGUUGUUAAUCGUAAAACGACCAGCAACAAAACAAAUCAUUCAGAUUCAAAUAUCUCGGAAACGAAUUCAACUCCCAACAUGUCUAAUGUGAAUACGAAAACAAACGCAGAAACAAUAGCCAAAUCUAAAUUAUCAUCAUCAAAUUCGGAUGCUGAAUCACAGAAACCAUUUCCAUUCAAGUUGAAAAUUAAUUGUAAAGAAAGUAAAGUGAAAAUUUUGAAUGAAUCAGAAACAACGACAUUGAAUGAUUCAUUGACAACAGCAACGUCGACGACAAACAAACGAAAAUCAUCGACAGUAUCAACAGCCGAAUCAGCAUCUUCAGUCAAAAGUAAAAAGACAAGAUCAUCAGAAUUAUCAUCUGCUAAUCAUCAAUCAAACGAUAAUAAUACUGCUAGUCCGAUUGAAUUAAAACGACCAUCAGUUGUUAUAAAAUUAGGUUCAAAUGGACAAUAUUAUAGUCAAACAACAUUAAUUGAUGAUAAUAAUGAUAAAGACAAUGUUCAAACGAAUGAUGAUGGUGAUAAAAAACGAAUGAUCAAAACAGAUGAUCAUGAUGAUAAUUUAGAAUUGGGAAUCAAAAAAUCUAGUGAAUCAUCACCCAAAAUAACCAAUAAUACAGCAAAUGCAAGUAAUAAAGGAAAUAGCCGUAAAGGUCGUAAUAGUUCAACGGGUAAACAUUCGAAACAGCAACAAUCGGUAUCGAAUAGGCAAGAUGUUGUUGAUCAAUCAACCAUUAAUCCUGUAACAGCCACCGUCAAUAAUUCAAUGUAUCAACAACAAAAUGAUCAGCAACCACAACAGAAUCGGACAAUCACGACCAAUCAACAUUAUCAAAAACCGAUGCCAAAUCCACCACCACCAUCAUCAUCAUCAUCGACUACGAAUGCGGAUUUAGCUGUAAAUUAUGCGCUCAAUUUUUUCAACAAUAUUACCGAUGAAAUUGGAACAAAAAAUUCUUAUUUUAAUGCAGCUGCAGCUGGCUAUUUACAAGCUGCUGCUGUUAGUGGCCAACAUUUUAAUCCAAGUUUUUAUCAAUCACUUAAUCAACAUUCUCAUCAUCAUCAUCCACAACAUCAUAAUAAUCAACAUAAUCAGCAUGCACAUAAUUCAUUCGUCAAAAAUAAAUCCAAUUAUAAUACUGGUGAUCGUAAUUCAGAAUCAUUGAAUCAUCAACAGCCAAAAGAUUUUUAUGAUCAUGCAAUGCAACAAUUUGCUGCAGCCGGUGUUACCAACAAAGAAACUACUGAACAAUUUCUUCAUCAAUAUCAUGGAUUGAUGGGACAUUCUCAUCAUCAAUCAUCAUCGAUGGCAGCAACAACAACAAAUGGCCAUUUUGAUUAUCCAUCAACAUUGGCUGCAUGUCGUUUUCAAAAUAAUCAUUCGAUACCCGGAUCAACAGCAACAACAUCAUCAUCACAACAGCAGCCAACUUCUAAUGUUUACAUAUGAUUGUUGGUGGAUUAAUGACAGCUUCGAAUCAGCCAUUAAAUCAAACGAAGAUAUUAAUAGUAA